AUGGCGGCCCUCAAACUUUUUUCGCUCGCCUCUGCGUCUGUGCUCGUGAUGGCUAACGCUGUCCAUCAAAACGCAAAGCAAAGUCCAUUGACAACGAGAGCAGGAGCCGCAACCUACACUGUAACUCUUGGGAGUGCUCCUGUAUGCCUCGACGAAAUCAACAAUGCACGCGAAGCCGCUGGACUCGCACACUUCAAAGAGGCCACUAAAGAAGAGCAUCAGUUGCCUAAUGCUGAAGCACAGGAAGUUGGCUCCCCGCAAACGAGUGCCUGGAAACCUGUUUGUGACGCCCUGAUAGCGGAAGAAGCAGAAGAACCAGAAGAGGUCCCCGAAGCAAAUGGAUUUAAAAGUGGCACAUACGCCUUCAUGGCCUUGGAAUCAGGGACACCCGACUGCGCCGCCGCAGUGAAGCACUGGAAGGACGCCGCCAGCAACUUCACUACAAUCCCUCCGGCGAAGAAUAACGAGCUAAAACUCUACGACAAACAGCAGAACGUUUCCUUUAUUGCUCUGUACAACCCUUCCAACGAUGCCGCUGCUGACUGCCGGGUUGUUACCUGCACUCUACCAGCAACUUCCGACCAGUCAACGUUCAACAUCCGAAAUGCUGCGCAAGACAAGAAGGGCUAUGCUCUACUGUGCAUGACCACGCCUGAAGCACUUAAAGACGACGAAGCACCUUUCACGGAAGAGCAGUGGAAUAAGAUCAAGACAUCCCUAACAGGUUCUGCCUCUGCUGUCGCCCCGAGUUUGCUCGCCGUAACCAUUGCGGCCCUUGGCUUGGUUACCCUUUAA